AUGAACUUGGGCUUGGGAAAUGAUGCAGAACCAGUCGACCUCUCUAGUUUUACCGAAUAUACGGAGGAGAAUAGACAGAACAUGCAAAGAUUGCCGUCGUCUCAGGGAGAAGCUAGUGGUUCCAUGGACUUCGAGGCGGAGCGUAUCAAGGCUCUGGAGUACAUUGUGAGACACUAUACGGGGCUUGAGCGAUAUGACAGACAGGCCUUGGAAAAGACUAUCGCUGGCAUUUCUUUGAAACUGGAAUCCCUCCCUGAGUCGGGCGAGGGCGAGGGCGAGGAUGAGGGCGAGGGGGGUGAAAGUAGGAGUGCAAAUACAGCACCGACGAUGGAAGUCAACACAGGAGAGGCAAAUGAUGAAAUGAACAAUUUUAGGUGUGAGAUGUCAAGUACGGACACUGAAGUCAACGAAACAGGGGGUAAUUCUCACCUAAUUUCUCAAGAAGCUGCAGUCCUCGAAGCCGUUUCAUUGUUUCCGCCAGCUCCGUCAGCCCUUGUCCUGCUGAGAGUGUUCUUAGAAUUUACGCAGACAAACUACUUCUAUUUCGACGAAGAAUCGCUCCGACAACGCCUUGACCGGGUUUACUCAUGUUCAUCUAUGAUAAAACAGGAGGAUGCCCCAUGGGUCUCUGUUGUGUUGAUGGUGUUUGCACUUGGAGUGCAGUUUACGAGCCAUGACCAAUCUCCACCACGGGACUCGUCUAGGGAGCUCACGAGAGAUGCACAUGAUAUUUGCCAGGGCAUGGAUGACUCUACUACAUCGAAGUUCUAUCAGGUAGCCAUGAAACUUAUUCCUGAUAUACUGGUUGUAGAGUCAAUCGAGAGUGUACAGGCCUUUCUCCUAUUUGGCUUAUACACGCUGCCCACCGAUCCAGCUGGGCUCUCGUACACUUAUUUCGGAAUUGCUAUCAAGCUGGCAACACAACUAAACAUACAUCUGAAAACAACGUCUAUUGCAUGCGCAAGGGAUCUUGAAGUAAGAAAAAGGGUUUGGUGGACCGCAUACGCUCUUGAACGCUUCUUACACGGGCGACCUGCUUCUAUAUCCCGAUUCGAUGCCAAUGCUGAUCUUCCUGUAGACAUGGAAGAGCUACAGCCCAAAGAACGAAUCAACACUUUUCAAAAUACUAUGGCCAUGUUGAGAAUCAACAUCUUCAUGGAGGACGCCCGAGAUAGAACUAUGGCUCUAAUCAACAGUGACAAAGCGAUACAAAGGAAUGAUUUUCAAAAUAUCGUCCAUCUUAAAGACAGCAUCAGCAGCUACUGGUACAGCCUUUCCGAGCGAACCUUUUGCCGAGACCUCACCCCUGGAAAACCUCUAUUUCGGCCCAACAUACAUCUCGCCUUGAAUUAUCACCUGUUACAUGUCUCAAUGGGAAGAUGCCUCAUCACCAAGAACUUUAAUAUAGGAGUCAGUUGCACUAGGGAUACAGCAUGGUUGAAGGUACGAGCAAGUUUGGUUGAUGACUGUAUCGAUAGUGCUAUUGCCAUCAUCGAUCUAUGCUGGAUACUGCACGAUGAGAAAUACCUUUCGAAAUUUUCACACUUGGAACUUAGUUCUUGCUAUGCUGCUGUUAUGGCACUAGUAGCAAGCUAUGCUUAUGAUAAGAAUCAUACUCUCAGAGAUGUCUAUGAGAAAGGGGUAAAAAUACUUCAAGAUGUGUCAACAGAGUUUUCUUCCAUAGGUUUUAGAAAGCAUGUGGCGGAGAGUUUAGGGAUCGCGUUUAAAAGGUUAGAUAAUGGAAGGAAGAGAAGUGCCGAAGGCCUGGAUGAGAACGGAUAUAAGCAGUUUCGAAACUGGGUAGCCUUGCAGGAAAUGGCACCUCAAGAAGGACCAGCUACCGAAGCAUGA